UACAGCAGAUUCGAUCAACCCGAAUUACAAACGUUAACAAAUUGUUCUAAAAAUAGACAUCCGGUUAUUUACAAACGCAUGUAUACCGAUGUAAACAAUUUUACUGAUCUACAUAGAAAAAGAAACAUUGGGAUACAAAAAAUGGCGGAGAGGGCAGGAUACGACCAACCCGGAGACGAAUACACAAAUAAGCAUGCGAAAUUCGGGGUGGAUGUUUCAUCCCCUUACCAGCCAGGAAUUCCCCCACUGCAACAGGGAUAUGGCCUGCAGCCAAACCCAUUUCAACAAUUAUAUCGAGACGACACAAAUACUACAGUGGUUGUUACUCAGCCACAAACUGGCACCGUCAUUUACCAGCAGAGACCCCCAGAUUAUAUGCUUGUAUCUGUUUUAGCUUGUCUGUGUUGCUUCUGGCCUACUGGUAUAUGCGCCAUUUACUAUGCAAACGAGGCAAACAAUUUGGCAAGUGCUGGCGACUAUGCCGGGGCAAGAAGGAUGUCUAACAACGCCAAGAAGCUGAUCAUAACCAGUGUGGUUAUUGGAAUUAUUGGGCUGGCCGUUUAUGUUGCCUUGCAAGUGGUAGUGAUUAACGAAUCUUACAGAAGCAGCAACAGUUACUAGUGAACUUGUAAUAACGGUAACUUGCGCAAUGAAAUGACAAAAAACUUGUACAUAAAAAUAGCAAUAACUUUAGCCCUUAUAAAUAUAAAUACGAAAUCAAACAUUUCAAUGGAAAUACACAUUAAACUUAUAAUUGACUGUUUUUCCAUCAUAUGUUCAUAUAGAUUCAGUAAAUGUACCAAAAAUGACUAAAUAUACCACCUUCCAUAAACUAUCAUUGGAUAAUAAUACAUUUGCACAUAUAUGGAUGUAAACACAUAUUCUUACAGAUUUUGCAUGUCGAAUUUGUUUCAAAUAACAUCAAAUUUCAAGAAAGCUGGGUUCGUCAGAGAAGGUCAGGUGGCGAUCGGUACGUUAAUUUAU